CUGCGCUUUAUUGCGAACUAUAGGCACGAGAAGCCAUCAGAUCCGGAUGAUCCGCUUUCCACACAGAAUAUUAGAGACAGAUACUACGGAAGUAAUGAUCCAGUCGCUGAAAAGAUUAUGAACAGAGCAAAGGCACUACCAGCUCUGGAACCGCCUGCAGAUACGACUAUCACAACAUUAUAUGUGGGCAACCUUGGGCCAGCUGGACAAAUCACGCAGAAAGAUUUGAACGACUAUUUCUACCAGUUUGGAGAUAUCCGAAGUUUACGAUUAUUGGAUGCAAAAUCUUGCGCAUUCAUUCAGUUCACUACGAGGGAAGCUUGUGAAAUGGCUGCGGAAAGGUCUUUUAACAAGCUCUUUUUGAAGGGUCGCCGUCUUGUGAUUCGUUGGGGUCAGCCACAGGCGCAGCGAUCAGUUGAAGAACGUCCUAUCAAUCCAGUUCCAUCGCUUCCAAAUCGUGAGUUUUUAGUUUUAGCUGAAAGAUCAUGUCUAUGGUAG